UCCUGCAAGGUGGGAAGAAGGAUCAUAGCAAGUAGAAGUCCAGACAGAACUCCUAGGGAGUCCAGGAUGGGGGACAGCAAGCCUCGAGGUGGAAGCUUGCAGUUGGCGCUCACGGUGUUUGGAGACGAGUCUAGAUUUCUUCACCUGAGAGACAGUCAAUGGGAAUUUCAUGCCUAAAAAUAGCCGAAGAACACAGUUUAGACUACCUGCCUCCAGAGCCAGCACCAGAAACCCACGGCCUCGGUUCAGAAGGAAAUUGAGACGAAAAUCCUUUCGCCGGCAUCCUAAAGAAAGUCCAGCGGCCCCACCCGACCAGGCCCAGGGUGAGAAAGAUGCUGCAGCAGCAGCGGAGGUGGGAGUCGCAGGCAAAGGCCAGCGCCCCCCUCGAGGAUUGGACAUAACCAGGGCAGAAGCCUCGCGAUUGGCCUGUCGCAAUGUAGAGGUGGGGCCUGAUUCCUCCAUCGCGGUCUCGGGGAUACAGCCAAAGCCAGAGAAGCUGCAGUUAGGGGCGAUGGCUACUCCAAGCCCGGGGCCCCGCGAGAGACACCACCGUGUGCUCUUUGUCUCCUGUGACUCCUCCCAUCAGUCCUCCUCCCUGGAGGUUGCAAACAAGCCAGUUCCCCCAGGGAGUCAACAUGGAUUCUUGUGGCGCCUCCGAGACAAGCACAAUCGAGUCGGCCUGUUUGAGGUCAAUCCAGGGCACGAGCUGCACAGAAUGACACGCAUGAUGCAGGAAGGGCUGUGGGCUGCCACCCAGGUCUUCAUGGACAACCCACCCAAGGGACCUCCCUCCCAGAAGGAUUUCUCUGAAGUCAUGACCCAGGUUCACGAAGAGGGCUUCGAGAUGGGCACCCUGGCCGGCCCAGCUUUUGCACGUUUGAGGCAAUUCCUAGGCCUGUCUGAAGAGGACUACCAGGCUACUCUGGGCCCCGGUGGCCCCUACCUUCAGUUUCUCAGCACCUCCAAGAGCAAAGCCAGCUUCUUCUUGUCCCACGACCAGCGCUUCUUCCUGAAGACCCAGAGGCAUCAGGAGGUUCAGGUGCUGCUCGCACACCUGCCCCGCUACGUGCAGCACCUGCGGCGGCACCCACACUCGCUGCUGGCACGGUUGCUGGGAGUGCACAGUCUGCGGAUAGCUCGCGGAAAAAAGAAGUACUUCAUCAUCAUGAUGAGCAUCUUCUACCCUGUGAGCCGCAUCUCUGAGAGGUAUGACAUCAAGGCUUGUGAGGUGAGCCGCUGGGUGGAGCCAGUUCCUGAGGGCAGCCCCUUUAUCGUGGUGCUGAAGGACCUCAACUUUGAGGGGAAGACCAUCAACCUGGGAUCCCAGCGGAGCUGGUUCCUCCGCCAGAUGGAGCUGGACACCGCCUUCCUGCGGGACCUGCAUGUGCUGGAUUACAGUCUCCUGGUGGCCUUUCAGCUUCUCCACGAAGAUGAAAAGGAUUCUUACAACGUUUACAGUACGAUGAGGUCCGUACAUGAUGCGCCAAAUUUGGGGCUGGAGGAGGGCCGGAACCGCCGGCUGCUGCUAGACGUCCCCAACGCCCUCCAUGUCUUGGAUGGGCCAGACCAACGUUAUUUUCUGGGUUUGGUGGAUCUGACCACCGUCUAUGGCCUUCGCAAACGGCUGGAGCAGUUGUGGAAGACGAUGCGCUAUCCAGGCCAGUCCUUCUCCACCGUCAGCCCGGCUCGCUACGCCCGUCGCCUGUGUCAGUGGGUGGAGACGCACACCGUGUGACUCUCACCUGUCUGCUUUUUCAUCUGGAUAUUGGGCAUGCGCCCGCAACAAUUUUCCAGCGGUACCCAGGGAGCUAGCCUGCAGUUACUCCUACUAGCCACAGGAGAGCAGCAUCCCCUAACUAAUGCUGUAACUAUUCAGCCCUAUUGGGUGACGGUGCUGUGUCCUGUUUAGAGGAAGGAAUCCCCCCCUCAACCCCAGCCUCAUUAGCUCAUUUACUAUUAAAAAAAAAAUGUUGAUAUUCUCUUUUUACAGACCA